CUUUCACCUAUAGUUGACUACUAGCCUCCAAUGGCUCACUACCCUAUUACCAUCGUUGGGACCGUAAUUAACGUCUCUGGCAGCCUUUCUGCCCAAGCAGAAGCCCUUGCCGCUCGCUUUCCAUUCAAGGAUUCCCCCACCGAAAUCGAGACUGUUGCACGCUUUGUCAACUUUGCUGCAACUGAGAACGCUGAUGUUGCUGUUUCUGCCUUCCAGCACCUUCACCAGAAGUACUGCUCGAUUGACAACAUCCACGCUGUUGUCCAGCAGCUCAACCUCACCACCAAGCAAGCACAGUCUGUCCUCAAGGGGUACUACUCGGUCUGGGACGUGCUUGAAUCCCGUAAGAUGCUGCCGGAUGUUCCUCGCCCUGCACUCUUUGCCAAUGGCAAAGUGAAGCUGACUGCCAUGUUUGGCGGUCAGGGUGGAAUGGACAAUUACCUGGAUGAAGCUACCUGGCUUCUUGACGUCUAUCGUCCGCUUCUUGCUGGCUACGUCAUGGAGAUGGCUGCAUUCCUUCUUGAUACUUCAAAGGAGGAUGUCUUUGCCGAUGUCUACGAGUAUCCGGUGGAUCUUCUAGACUGGCUCUAUCGGUCUGAAUCCCGCCCUGACAUGGAGUAUCUCUCGCUCGCACCAGUUGCAGCGCCUAUUCUGGCUCUAAUCCAGCUCAUGCACCUGAUGGUCUUGUACAAGACACUUGGGCUUAGUCCUGGCGAACUUUCUCAGUCAUUCAAAGGUGCAAUUGGCCAUAGCCAAGGUGUUGUCCUUGCGGCGAUGCUACCGACGUUGACUGAUGAAAAGUCAUUCUACGACAAUUCAAGGAUUGUCUUGGGAAUUCUUAUUGCGGGUGGUUCCAGGAUCCAGCUCGAUGUCCCACUCGAUACAAUCGAUGUGAGAGAUGCUAGCAACAGUGACGAUGGGGGUAGCAAGCCGUCGCCGAUGGUAUCUAUCCGUGGUGUUCCUCUUCCGGUGCUUGAGAAACUGAUUGCUCACUUUAACUCGUGCUGCCUCUUGCCGAUUGACCACGUCUUUCUCGCUCUCAUCAACAGCUUUGACAGUUUUGUUGUCACUGGCCGUCUGAAGGUUGUCAUGCAGUUUGUCCAGUUCCUCCACCAGCAUUGUGGGGAACCCGGUGCCGACCAGUCAAAUACCCCAUUUUCUGUGCACAAGCCAGUUGUGGACAUGAGCUAUGUGAACUCAAGCAUCGUGACCCACUGCCCCCUCUUGCAAGAUACUGCUGACUGGAUUUACGCAUUCGUCACUGAGAGAGGGUGGGUUUACAAGUCGCAAACUGGUACCGGUGCAGACCUAGAUACCACUCGUAUGGUCAUCGACAAAGUUUGCAUUCUGCGCGUCGACUGGCCAGCAACAGUCAAGGGAGCGGGUGCAACACACAUUGUUGAUUUAAGCCCUGGUGGGUUCAGCGUCUUUGCUCGACUGGCACGCGGUAUCGUUGAUGGUGGCGGCGUCAACAUCAUUAGCUGCAGCUCGCUCAUCCCCCACAAACACCGACUUCUGGGUUCCAAGGCUGACCUUUUCCAGCGCAACAUUCGCUUGGUGAUCCAGUCUAUGGAUUGGAAGAGAGCAUUCAGCCCCAGGCUUGUCCGAGUCAAGAGCACUGCGCAGGUUCACAUCAACUCGCCGAUGUUCCACGCCUUAGGGUGCCCACCAGUGAUGGUGUCUGCUGUUGAACCGAGCACCACUAGUGUUCAGCUGGUUGCGGCUGCAAUCAACGCCGGCUAUCAUGCCGAGCUCUCCACCACUAGGAUUACAAGUGCUGGCCAACUGCAGAGACAAGUGGCCGACCUAGUCCAGCUCAUUGAACCUGGCCAGGGCAUUACCCUUUGCUGCGAUUAUUCAAGCCAGGAGCAAUGGGCAACCUUGUUCCCAGAGAUUCUGCGCAUGUGCCAAGCAGGCCAGCCGAUCGUUGGACUGAGUAUUUCUGGCUCUAUCCCAUCAGCUGCGGCAGCGACCGACAUUAUUGCCGGUAUACGUGACGCUGGUCUUCGUCAUAUCACUCUCAAGGCUGCAACUCUGGCCGACAUUCGUGCUACGAUCGCCAUUUCGAAGAUGGAUCGCACGUUUCCUGUCAUUCUUCAGUGGAUGGGUGGCCAUAACGGCGGCUACCAUUCGUGGGACGACUUUUACCAGCUAAUUCUCGAGACCUACAGCCUGCUCCGAUUCCACAGGAACAUUGUCCUUGUCGCUGGAUCCGGUAUUGGCGAUGCGGACACUGCGAUGCAGUACAUGUCUGGUAGCUGGAGUGUGCCAUUCGGGCGGCCACCGAUGCCAUUUGACGGAGUUGCGAUUGGCUCUUGUGUCAUGGUCGCAAAAGAGUCUGAUCUUUCAGAUGCUACCAAGCAGCUCAUCGCUGGUACAGCUGGUGUUGGCCCAAACGAGUGGAUGGAUACGUACAGCGGUGUUGCUGGUGGUGUCACAUCAAUCACUGGCGAAAAUGGCAAGCCAAUGCACGUUAUUGCGACGCGUGCAGCUCUAUUCCUCAAGGACCUACAGGGCUCUAUAUUCUCACUGGCAGCUGACAAGCAGACUGGGCUUCUCCAGCAGAAGGGAGACUCCAUAGUCCAGCGGCUGAACUCAGACUACAUCAAGCCCUGUCUCCUAUCCAGUCUCUUACUGCAAACCUAUCCUGAGCUUGGUACACAGAUAGUAUCUGCAGAUGAUGCUGCGUACUUCCUCAUACUCUGCUCUCGUUCUGACCAAUAUCCAGUUCCAUUCGUUCCUGUUCUCGAUGGCAAUCUAGAGACGUGGAUGCUGCAGAGUGCUGUUUCCUUGUCGGCUAAUAGUGGCUAUAUCACUAGUCAUGAUGUCCAGCGUCAGCUGGUUCCCUAUGGGCCAGUUUCAGCCGGAUACUCGUCUGCUGCCAACGCACCUGUGAGGGAUAUUCUGGAUGACGUGUAUCAUGCCAUGGUUCGUAGUCAAUGCAAGAACAGUCCAGCUACGAUACCAACAACGGAAUAUAUUGGUGCUGAGCCCAAACAUACCACUUUACAGUCGGUUAUAUCCAGAGGCAUCAUGGGCACAGGUCACCUAUAUACCCUUCCAUCUGACAACGGAUCCCUCCCAGACACUGACCCAUGGCUAGAGUUGCUGGCAGGGCCAAAGAAGAGCUGGCUACGCGCACUACUGACUUCACCAGCUAUAGUGCAGGGGACCAGGUUUGUCGCUAACAGCGUCAGGAGGAUCAUGCGUCCCAUGUCAAACCAGUCCGGUGUCGAUCUCAGAGUCAGAUGGAAUCCCACAGAAACUCGAGCAACAUCACGGUCAGAGUUAUUCUGCCAGCUAAUGGCGAAAAACCGUGAACUGGUUCUCAAAUUUCUGUACUGCCCGACACGCCCUGCGAUGCCAAUCACAGAAGUGAUGGAUGGCCGUGAUGGACGUAUCCACGAGUUUUAUUUUGGCCACGACAACCCACCUCAUCCUACUCUUGGAGACAUGUCUGUUGACUCAGACAUUGAGUCACCAGUAAUCCGAUGCCAGCCAUUUGGUAUUACCUACGAUCACAUCCGUCAGUAUUGUAGAAAUGUUCAAAAUAAGCAGAGAUGCUACAUUUCAGAUACAAGCCACUACGGAUAUGCCCCAAUGGACAUGGUCUUUCUAAUCGGAUGGCAAGGGCUUAUGGCGGUGCUAGAUAACCAACAGCUGAGCUCAGGGUUGUUAGACAUGGUUCACCUGGAGAACAGUAUGGACUACAUCGACAGUGGUUCACUGCUACGUGUUGGCGACUCUAUUACCUCAGAAGCUGAGUUGGUGUCUGCUAUGAAUUCCGAUGUGGGAAAGGUGCUGACCAUCAGCCUAAGGUUUUUCAGACAACGGACGUUGAUAGCUCAGAUGGCGACUGUCCUCCUGUUCAGAGGACACAAAAUCCUUCCGCCACUUGCUUUCAGUAAGGAGAGCAAAUCAGCAUCACUUGUUGUUUUGAACUCUGUAGCUGACGUUGCAGUGCUUGAAACUAAAGACUGGUUUGUCUACCUGGAGAAUUCGCCAGCAAAGCUCACUGCAGGGUCAACAGUUGAGUUCGUGCUGGACACCAGAUGCAGGUUUAGAUCUGACGGAUACUACGCAUCUGUGUCAAUGGCUGGUCCUGUGUUUGCUGUUUUGGAUGGGGAUAAGCGUGUCCACAUUGCAAAUGUUGACUAUCAGGCUGCUGAUGUAAAUGGAAAUGCUGUUGCCGCAUACCUCGCUAAGAGUUCGGUUGAUCAGCGGUCGGGCAGUACCUUUGACAAUGGAGGACAUAAGGUUUUGCCGAUGCCUGGGGCUACAGCACAGUUCCGCGCCCCAUCUGUCUGCGGAGAGUAUGCGCGUGUAUCUGGAGAUUACAACCCGAUACAUUUAUCUUCACCGAUUGCGAGCUAUGUUGGGCUGUCAAGACCAAUUGUUCACGGGAUGUGGGUUUCUGCCGCAACACGGGCAGUUGUCGAAAGAUAUGCCGCAGGCGGGGAUCCGGCAAGAUUCCGUUCGUUCAAAACAGAGUUUGUCGGAAUGGUGUUCCUGGGUGAUGCACUAGAUGUAGAGUUGAGCCAUGUGGGAAUGAAAGAUGGGCUCAUGCUCUUUGAGGGCAGGACUGUCAAUCAGCACCACGCUGCUGUUAUGACCUUCACAGCAAAGGUUGAGCAGCCCAAGACUGCAUAUCUGUUCACCGGGCAGGGUGCCCAGUUUGUGGAUAUGGGUAUGGAUUUGUACGCAAAUUCUCCUGCUGCCCGCGAUGUCUGGGACCGAGCAGAAAAGCACAUGUUUGACAAGUAUGGAAUAUCGCUGCUUGACAUCUUGCGCAGUAAUCCAAAAAAGUUCCAUGUUCACUUUGGAGGGGCCGCCGGGAAGAGAGUACUUGGCAAUUAUCUCAACCUGUCUAGCGAGACUCAAGGGGCGUCAUCCCAGCUAUUUGCGAGGAUUACUCCUAAGGCUACAAGAUUCACCUACUACUCAGCCAGUGGGCUGCUGGAUUCAUCGCUUUUCGCGCAGCCUAUUCAACUGGUACUGGCGCUUGCGUAUGUGGCAGACAUGGAAUCCUGCGGGUUAAUCCAGCCUGCAACAGCAUUUGCUGGCCAUUCACUUGGUGAACUUUGCUCGCUAGCAGCUAUUGGAAAAAUUGUGUCUGUUGAGGCUGCAGUUGAGCUCGCAUUUUUCCGUGGACUCAUCCUACACACAUCGGUUGACCGCGAUGACAAUGGACGAUCCCAGUAUGCCAUGAUGGCUGUCAAUACAUCAAAAGUCGGUGAAUGGUUUUCCCUUGACAUAUUGACUAGCCUUGUCGAGCGAAUCCAGAAGCAAUGCAGGCAGCUGCUCGAAAUCAAUAACCACAACAUACAAUGCCAGCAAUAUAUUGUGACAGGGCAUAAGACUGCGCUGGUAGCUCUUACUGACGUUCUAAAUAAGCUCUGUCAUGAUGAGGCAUUCAGGUCCGAAUGUUCGAACGAGAGUGAUUUGUCCAGUUUGGUAUCCAGCGCCUGCCUUGCCUGUAAGGAUCGGGGUGCCGAGCUUGUUAAUGGCGCAGCAACCAUUGUUAUAACGGGAGUUGAUGUCCCAUCCCACUCCAAACAUCUUCUGAGCAGUGUCGAUGUGUUCAGGAACAUCCUGCUAAAGGCGAUUUCCCCUACUUCUGUCGAUGCCACUAGGCUUGCUGGAAAGUAUAUUCCAAAUAUAACAGGCGUGCCAUUUGAGCCAGCAAGAUUGGAAGCGCUCGAUGAUAGCAUCUCGACUGAUUCAGUUGCAAUGGAUAACCUUGCUUGUAUGCUGCUGGUUGAGUUGCUUGCAUACCAGCUCGCAUUCCCAGUACAGUGGAUAGCAACCCAGCAGUCACUUCUCAACAGCGGCGACAUUCGAAGAGUGGCCGAGAUCGGGCCCGCUCCGGUACUGGGCAAGAUGAUGAGGCAGUCAAUGUCUGGCUCCACAAAUCGUCGCUCAUCAAUCGAGCUCCUCCACGUUUCCGAUGAUAGGAAAGCUGUGUACUUUUUACCGCCAGAAGUCAACGAUGUGUCGAGCGUGGCUACGGCUGAUGAAGUCCAGAGUGAACCUACGACAUUGGCAAUGGAAUCGAUGAAGAGAGGGAUGUGUCACUGGAUCAUGAACAAGUGCCAACAAGUAAUAUCUGAGAAACCAGUUGACCAGGCCGAUAUUGUUCGCGCAAUAAUUGGCCAGAAACUGAAACGGCUGUCAAUUUCAAUUCCUGCCAACCAGCCCAUCAAGGUCAUAACGGCAGGCAAGUCAACAAUUCUGAACAUGAUUGCAUCCGACUUGCAAAAGGAGUUCGGUCGGCAGAUACCAAGUACUGCAGAGGACAUGACGAUUGCUGAACUUGUUGGGCGUCUUGGUCCACAUGACGGGAAGCUUGGAAGGCAUACGCAGAAUAUGAUUGCCAAGGUCUUUAGUUCCAAGAUGCCUCGAGGUUUCUCUUUAACUUCGGCAUAUAACUAUUUGAACGACAUGUAUGGGCUUGGACGGCAGCGCCAAGAAGGUCUUCUCCUGCUGGCGCUUACAAUGGAGCCGUCUGAGCGCCUGACCAGAAGGAAAUUAGCUUCACCACACAUACUGGCAGGUCCAACUACGAAUCCCGCACUGUCACAGUCCAACACUCCAGUUGUCAACAGUGACGUGUUCAGCUUGUCUCAAGAGAAAUUGAACAUGCUAGCGACUCGGCAGAUCCAAGCCUUUGAGAGAAAAGUCACCGCCUACGCAAAGGAGCUGAGUGAUUUGCAGCUAGAACUAGGAGGUGAAUCUCAUCAACGGAAAAGGUUGCAGAUGAUUUCCAACCGCUCUUGCCCCGACCUUUUGACACUAGUCGAUGGAUACCUGGCCGUUCUCGCUAACCACAACAGUCUUGCUACAAAACAAGCGACGCGUGUUUUAGAGGAUCUGCGCCAAGUUUGCAUCGAUUCGAGUAACAAUGCACCAGUGUAUAGGGAGAUAUCUCUGCCCCUCCGCCCAUGCACAGUGGUAACCAGCAAAGGCGAUGUGGUAUAUUCUGAAGAAAGACGAGAGCAUAUGCGGACAUUCAAAGAUUAUGUGAACGAUGCACAGCAGCGUACAUCCAUGAAUCCACACCUUCUAUAUAUAUCUGAAAGGCAUGAUAAUGGUUCAUGGGCGUAUAGCGCUGGCCUUACUCGACAAUACUUUGAUUCCCUGAAUGAGAUUGUGGAGAACGGUCUGACAUUCGAAGGAAAGGCUGCACUGGUCACUGGUUGUGGGCCUGGGUCAAUAGGGUCAAGUAUUGUUGAAGGGCUACUGACAGGAGGCGCUAGGGUCGUCGCAACAACGUCAAGCUAUGGUCUGACUACGAUUAGAUACUUUGAAGGCCUGUACAGACAGUUUUGUACAUUCUAUGGUACAGGUGGUCUGGGGUGGGAUCUGAGCUACGUCUUUCCAUUUGCUGCUUUUGCUGAACGUGGUGGUGACUUGACGAACAUUGAUUCGCGCUCAGAACUGUCAUUCCGCAUAUUGCUCACCAAUGUUUACCGAAUGAUUGGUGCUAUCAAGAUUGCCAAGGAGGCUCAUAAGUACACCCGCUCACCCAACACUGAUCGUUUUGCCUAA